GUACUUUAGUUAGUAAACGCUGAAAAAUAUUUUUCACUGAACAAGAUUGUGUUGGUGUUUACAUCGCAUUCACACAUACGAGUACACAGCCAAAAACUGUUUAUCAUUCUAUCCCCCUUACCCUUUGUUUUUUAUUCUCGUGCAAUCCAUUUUCGGUCGUCCGCAAAUAAAAUUCUCGGUAAACAAGCAAAUUUCACGUCUCGUUUUCGAAGUCGUAUUGCAUCGUAAAUCGUAAAGUUCUGUAGGUUCUUUGUAUAGUGGCUAACGUCGCUAACCGACGCUCGUUAUAAUUCCAUAUCCAAAUUUUUUUUCUAUUUUGUUCAUUGCCGGCCUCUGAUUCGUCUCAGAAAAUCAUUUCUUUUAAUAUUCUUUUUUUUAUUCCUCAAAAUACGGAGAAACUUGAGACUAAGAUCCAAAAAGUGGACAGAAUAUUGUAUUCAAAAUGAAAGUGACAGUUACCACACUCGGGGACGAUAUAUUUGUUCUCGAUGUCAGCGAAGAAUUGGAGCUCGAAAAUUUCAAGGCAUUCUGUGAAAUUGAGAGUGGUGUACCUGCUCAUGAAAUCGUCAUCGCUUUCAAUGGAAGACCCUUGAUGGAUGACAAUAAAUCUUUGAAAGAUCAUGGCAUUCGGGACGGCGACGUUAUCAUAUUGCAACACAUGCACCAGAGCGGAGCUGACAUGAAUAUUCAACAACCGCUCAACGGAGGUCCGCUCGACUCUCUGCCACUGCUUGACUUCAGCUCUAUCAGAGUGCCUGAAUCUGCAUCCAGUAGUACCAGAUCACAGGGUCCCAGUACUAUAACACCACAGAGAGCUCAAAAUCCUCGGGAUGAGGAUGAUCCAGCAAUGAUUAGAGACAUGUUCCUGGCAAAUCCUCAUCAGCUGGCAUUGCUCAAACAAAAUAAUCCGCGACUUGCAGAUGCUCUACUGUCUGGGAAUCUAGAGAAAUUUUCUACAGUACUGCAGGAACAGAUAAAAGUGAGAGAAGAACGUCAGGUACAAAGAUUGAGAAUGAUGAAUGCGGAUCCGUUUGACACAGAGGCUCAGAGACUAAUCGCCGAUGAGAUAAAACAAAAAAAUAUAGAAGCAAAUAUGGAGGCAGCUAUGGAAUAUAAUCCCGAGACUUUCGGCACAGUUGUUAUGCUCUAUAUCAAUUGCAAAGUCAAUGGAUUUCCUGUGAAAGCAUUUAUCGAUUCAGGGGCACAAACGACGAUAAUGUCAGCUGCUUGUGCUGAACGAUGUCAUAUCAUGAGACUGGUCGACACAAGGUGGGCGGGAGUUGCCAAGGGUGUAGGUGUACAAAAAAUCAUCGGACGAAUUCACAUGGUGCAAAUACAGAUCGGUAGUGAUCACUUGACUACGUCGUUUAGCGUACUCGAGGAGCAACCGAUGGACAUGCUACUCGGCCUCGAUAUGUUGAAGCGGCACCAAUGUUGCAUAGAUUUAAAAAAGAAUGUAUUGACGAUCGGUACUACGGGAACUGAAACAUCAUUUUUGGCAGAAGGUGAGUUACCAGAAUGUGCAAGACUCAGUGGCAAUAACGAAGCUUCUCUCGAUGACAGAGACUACCAAAGAGCACUCGAGGAUAGUGCCAGAGAAGCUAAAAAAUUGAGGCAGCAGCAGGACGGGCAAAGCGCAACUAACUCGAGUGGAGAGUCGAUAUCAUCGAGCACUGCCAAUACAUCAGGAACACCUCAAAGUACCAUAACAAAUAACGAUCCUUUCACGGAAGCAACAGUCAAAGAAAUCGUAAAUCUUGGCUUUCCGCGUGAAACAGUGAUUGCGGAAUUGCGACGUUGUAACGGAGACAGUAUACAAGCAACUGCAGCGCUCUACGCAAAAUCUUUAAAGUACUAAAUAGACUGAUCGGAUUAUUCAUUGAAAUAUAAAAAGGUGGCUUCGCGGGUGAUUGAAAAGCAGAAAAAAAAACUAAAUCACUGAAAAUAACGUAAAACAUGAAACGAAGAUUAUGGAGAAUUCCGUAAGAUCGUCGAGUAAAGACUAAAAUAUGUAAGGCGUUAAGUAACACAACCUUAAGUGACUUUACUUUGAGGAUUAGGACCAAAAAGAGACAACGAGUUAUUGCGGUUUUUCUUGAAUUUUACCAAUUCUUUUGUCUUUUUACGUAUACUGGAUUUCAUAAAUUUUGUAACAAAAGGCAGGGAGAAGCAACAGAGGGAAAUCGAUUGCACAUACUGAUCAGUGAAUGAACAAAAGAGGGGUCUAAAAAAACAAACAGAAAACUAUUUGAAACUGUUUGAAAAUAAGGAAAAAAUCAGACAUGAAUUCGCUAAUGUACAGAAAGAAAUGCACUUGAAAUGCCACAUAUUAGAGAGUUAUCACUAUUUUGUAAUAUAUUGAUCAUAAUAUUUUUGUUGCGACGUUAAAAGUGUUUCGGAACAAAUCUAGUUCCGAGAAUUUUUGAAAAAAUGAUUUUUUUUCAAGCCUUCGUAAAAUUUACUUUCGAAAAAAAGAUCUCCCUGCUGUUCAGGUGCUCACUUCCGCCACAGCUGGUCCGAUGCUACCAUAAGCAGCUGAUCCAAAGAUUUGUCAGUGCUCAAAGAAUUAACUUUAUAACAUAUUGAAUCAACUUUUCUGUUUUAUGAUCAUAGCGAAUAUCUUGGGCAUAAAAAGCGAACGGUGGUAUACUCAUGAAUGAAUUUCAAAAAAAUAAAUCAUCUAAACAAUAGCGGUAUAUAACUAUAUGUAAAAAUAAAAACGGGCAUCAGAUAAAAAAUGAGACCAUGAAAUAUCACGUAUUUUCGGCGUCUUAUACUCGUUAGAGGAACGGCGAAAAGUGAAAAACAAUUGUUCCUCCCUCAAAUACAAUUCGUUUUGUAAAUAAUUAUACGAGAUUAAGAAUGCUCGCUUUGUAUCAUGGACUUUUCAUGAUACAUACUCGAGAUUACUAACGAAUUACUGGUCGAUGAAUUGUGUGAAUCAAGACGAACUAUUAAAUUGAAUGAACGACCGUAAGAAAUGAAAAUUACAAUAUACUUUGUACCGUUAA